AUGGCUUACACUAUCUACGAUGGCUUUGUCCUCCAGGCAAAGCGUACUCUAACCACCCUCUCUGACAUCAUUCACAAGGCCGAGGAACACCCAGAUGCCUCCAAAUUUCCAACCAGCCGACUUUAUCCCGAUAUGAGGACGCUCAGCUACCAAGUGGCAGCAUCGACAGUCCAAACCCUGAUGGUCAUGGCUAAACUCACCAAUCAACCGUUUCCAGAUUUCGCCCCCGAUGAUGUCGUGUACACAUACCCUGAGAUGUACGAACGCAUUGAGAGUACUCUGAAGGUCAUUAACGAGGCCGACAAAGACUAUAUCAUUGAGCAUGCCGGAGAGGUUCAACUUGUGAAACUUGGACCAUUUGAACAAGAUUUGAGUGGAUAUGCAUUUGCGUCGAUGAUGCAGGCCAAUAUCUUCUUCCAUGUUUCAACUGCCUAUGGUAUUCUGCGGAAGGAGGGUGUCCCAUUGGGAAAGCGGGACUUCAUUACCCCAUUCUUUACUGUGAAAGCGUAA